AAACAGUUAAUAUUACAUCAGAUAUAACAUUAUUAGCUAUCCUCUAUAGAAGGCAGUGGCAGGCAGAGAAUAGGCAACGCUGUUCUAUAUUUCUCCACUGCCAUUAUAACAUGAACCUCACAAUAGGGGUAGAAACGGGGUCGCAGAGUAUCGCCAGCCCUUAAAACCAUCACAACCAAAAAAAGUGGGACGAAUUGGGCUAUUUCGUCAAACUGGGACGACGACAAACUUAGGUCGCUUCACGCAAACGACAAGCUUGGUUUACUCACGGAAAUCCACGUGAAAAAUUCUAUUGACCAAACGUAGGCAACGUUUGAUGAUGAUCAUUAAUAAUAUUCGAAUUACUAACCUAUAAAAUAGAUAACCGAAAUUGACCACCUUCUCUGAUCUGAGCCUAUAAAUAUCUUAGUUUUGUUUCCAAUACAGUUAGAUACUAGAAGGAGAUUUAAGAAAAAAUUAUAUUAACAGUAUGUUUUCAUAAAUUUAUUAAUUCCCUGAAUAUGAUGGAAUUCCCCAAUUCAAGAAUAUUAAUAACACUAAUGAUAACUCCUAUAAAACACUUUUAAUAGGCCUAUUUACAUUUCAGUUUUUUUAAUGUUACUACAAACUUAAGAGGAAUACAGGUUCAGUGCUGCCAAAAAAUGAUAGAUGUAAAAUAGGAAUAGACCCAGUUUGUCUUCCACUGUUCCACGUAGGUGGCGUCCGUAAAAACUGACCAUUUUUUUGGUGAGUGGCGGCUUUCAGGGCAGACGGAACUCCGGCGACCCGUAGAAACUUGGUAAUCGGGUUAAUCACGCUUCACUACACUCACUCAACAAACUAUAGUGUUGAUUAUAGAACAAUCGAAGAAGGUAGAUAGGAAACGCUUGUGUUCUGAGCCUCACCGAAAAAGUUAACCAAAAAAUGUUAUAGUGUGUCUGCACCCUUCCGACUCAAGGGAGCUGGUUGUUGCAGUGUGACCGCACCCUUCCGACUCAAGGGAGCUGGUUGUUGCAGUGUGGCCGCACCCUUCCGACACAAGGGAGCUGGUUGUUGACAGUUUGCCUAUGGCCCUCAUUUGAACUGGUUAGUGAUUAGUGAAUAAUGUGUGUUUGCCGUCUUGGUCUCAACGAAUAGACUGAAUGUGAAGUGGCUACCCUCCAGUGUGAAUACGAUGUCAUUCACAGUGUGCUCUUACAAAGGCUGCACUAACAGUUCAGCAAAAAUCAAAGGACUGAAGAUGUUCCGAUUUCCCAAGUCUUCAUUGGAUGUUUGGCUACGUAAUACAGGAAAUCCUGAUCUGAUUGGAGUAUCUCCAACAAAACUUUACCAAUGCAAGAGAGUAUGUGAGCGACAUUUUCGAAAAAGCGAUAUUCUGCCAAGUGGUCGACUAAUGAAUGGCUCUGUUCCAUUUUCUUAUGACGGACCUGACGACUCUGACCCACCUUCAUCACCGCCUUCAUCUCCCACACCAACACUAAAUAAAUUAUCCACUUUCCGAAAUUAUUCAAGAAGAAAUGUAAUAGGUGCCAACGCAGAAAAUGCCGAGGAAAAACAGAAGCAGCAGAUGCUGCGAAAUAUUGAACUGAGCUAUCCACCAGUAGACAGCCAAUUUUUAACUGAGGAUUCAAACCCAAGUCAAACAUCAGAAAGCGAACCGAUUGCCUCGACAAGCAAACUUGCUACGCUAACAUCUGCUACAGUUAAACCUGCUACAGUCACGUCUGCCACUGUUACGUCACAAGUAUCACAACCCAAAUCCUUAAUCCAGAAAUCGACUGUCGCAGAAUUUAGUGUAAUAAAAAAAUCCACUGUUGACGAAACCGCCAAAUUGAGAGAAACAAUAAAACGAUUGGAAGAAAAGAACAUCCAGCUGCAAGUAGAGAAUGAAAGUUACCGAGUCAAAAACAUAAUGCUGGAGACUAAACAGAAAAAGCUUAUUGUACAAUUGAAAACCAUCAUACAAAAAAAAGACCCUCUCUACUUGGGAGAUAGCAGACUUGUAUACGAGCAACACUCUCAAAGACUGACUGUGAGCUCUGCAUCUACGACGGGCAGUCGAACAACCACUACAUUGGCAGGACAAGGCCAUGAUUCCGACGUUGGUGCUACUCAAUCACAGGAUUUCUCGGACCCAGACGACCCUACCGACAACACCGCCUUUAUGGACAGCCUGCAACCGUCCGACAUCGAUAUCGACGUGGGCCCCAUCUUCGAGACGAUCGAAAUCAAACCAAACAUCGAACUCGACAACCUCCCGCCGCCCCCGCCCAGUCCGCCCCCGAAGCGGAAACGGACCGCCAUCCCCGACAUUGAAGUGGCAGAACAAGAAGACCCACUAGCAACCAAACGCACACGAUCGUCUCCGCUUGUUGGUUACGGUGAAGACGGUGACAAAGAGGACGACGACAACUUCUCUGGAGACGAGUUUGAUGAGGAAGAGGACGGUGACAAAGUGCGACGCGCCUACCAACUGUUGAAAUCUGUUUUCGACAAAAAGGACAAGUACGACAUUUUCGGUCACCGGUUAGCGGCCCGGUUACGCGCGCUCAAAUCUGCCAAGGUUUGUCGUCAUGUGCUAGACAUUAUGGAGUCUGUGAUUGACGAUGCGGAAGCCGGAAAAUAUAAUAAUGUUUGACAUAGUUUUCCGUUAAAUUGAAAUAACUGUGACCAUCUUUCUAAUAUCCAGAAUAGUUUUCCGUGAAAUUGAAAUAACUGUGACCAUCUUUCUAAUAUCCAGAAUAGUUUUCAGUUGAAGUGACAUGAUAGUAACCAUCGUGGUAAUAUUUGGAAUAGUUUUCAGUUGAAAUAGCAUUAUAUUAACCAUCUUACAAAUAUGAUUGUUUUAAAAAUAGUUUUUAGUUGGAUCAAAAAGUGAUCGUCUAUUGUUUUAAAAAUAGUUUUCAAGUCGGAUCAAUAAGUGAUCGUCUUGAACAAUGAAUUUUGUCUAAAUAAAAACGAUGUUUUGGUAACAUGAUACAAUAUUGAUACUUAUGAACAGUGCUUGUCUCUUAUUUGUAAUAAUGAAUCUUAUUUAUACAUGAAAAAAUAAAAUAUCAUAAGACAAUAUUAAACAUUAUGAUACUGGUGACAUGAUAUACCAAUAUUAGGAGACAGUGACAAUUUAUUUUCUAUUCCUUAUUAUUUAGUGUAAUGGAACCUGAUUAAAGUAGAAGUGUAAAGUCUUAUACAUUUCUGUAUUACACAAAACGUCACUAUGUAUCAUAUCUUCAAGACUUCGUAACUAUAUUUGAAAAUUGACAGUAAAUGGAAGUCACUGGAAGACAGAUUCCUAUAUUCAUACUUUAUUCUCAAUUAACAAUGAUUUUUGAUCUCAAAUAUGUUAUUUUAUUUAAUGCUACGUUCACUAUUAUUGUGUUAGAACGUUUACCAAAUUGUUCAACUCAAUCUUUGUUUUUACUUUAUUGUGAUGCCAAGUAUAUUAUACUUCAUUUCUCGAAUAUAAUGAUUAAUAUUAUGGUGUACUAAAAAUUUGUGUAUUACAUGUUUAUGUUAAUUUCGUAUUGCAUAGUAAAAUUUGAAUAACUUCACUUCACUAUCAAAAAUUGUAUAGUAAUAUUGAACGGCAUUUCUCUGGAAAGCUAUUAUAAAAAGUUCAAGGUUGGUUGGAUUUGUUAUAUUUAAAAUUGCCAAGUGAAACGAAUUUGUCAACUUAUUAUAAAUGAAUUGAGCAAUUUAGUGCUAAGAUAGCCCGAAAUUGUUACUCAAUGUGAACUUAAACCUGUGUCACACACUUUACAUCCCACUAUAAAUUAAUAAUAAUGCUUCAUUUUAAUUUAUGUUAUUAAUUUGUUGAUCGGGGAUUCACUUACUUUCAUUAUUUUAUCAUUUUCAGUCUGAAACCCUGUAUUCAAAAAUCUACAAGUGAUUGAAAUACAAAUACUGUACGUGAGAAUUGAAAGAUUCUAUUUUUAAUUCUUUUUAAGCUUUGAUUGUGUCAUUCAAUAAUCGUUCAAGUACCCAGAUAAAUUCGAUUGACUCAGCAUUUUGAAAUGAAAUUUAUAGCUUCUAUGUGCCUUGUGCCUACAUUAUUAUUUUACAUAAUCUAUUAGUUGAAAUCAAUGAAAAGUUGAAACCAACCUAUUAGUUGUGCAAUGUUUGUAUUCAAGGUACAUUUGUUGAAACUAAGCAUGCCAAUCAAUUUCAUCCAUUGUGUAAGAUGAAAUUUUUUGUAAUUCAUUUGGUAUAAGUAUUUUUAUGAUUAAUUGUUAUUAUUGAUCAAGAUUCAUGUGAUUGAUUAAUUGUUAAUGAGUUACUCAAAAAAAUGAGAGAAGAGUAAGUCUGUGGUUAUCCUUAUCCUUAUCCUUAUCGUACGGCUAUCCUUAAGUACGGCUUGUUGUUAUUAGUGGUGUUUUUUAGAACUGUAUAAGAACUAUAAUAAGAGUAUGAAAACAACGUUCAAUUGUUCUGAAUGUUGUGAUAUCAACUUAUAUUUUCUACCAAAAUCGUUUAUAUUAAACGGAACUAAAUAUUUUGUACAAGUUA